AUGGCUCAGCGAGGUUUGCGGCCGUUGGCCAGUGUGGCCUCUCACUGCAAGCGAGCAACAACAGGAUCGAUUUAUCGACGAGAGUCAAGCAUGCUUGUGACCAGCUCGAACCUCAAUACAUCACCAUCCAUCAAAGAACAACAGACGACACGACAAGUUUCGGCACAAUGCUCCAUCAUCCCUCUUCGACGAGCUCAAGUCAAAUCUUAUGUACAAUCUCGGAAGGGGUCGUCAGAAUCUUCUUCAAGUGCGCUCAAGCAGACUCCCUUGUAUGGUCUUCACUCUAGCUUGAACGCCAAAUUGGUCCCCUUUGCCAAUUUCUCCAUGCCCCUGGAAUACCCAGACCAGUCGCACCGGGAAUCUCAUCUUUGGACGCGAGAACACGCCUCAUUAUUCGACGUAUCUCAUAUGGUGCAGCACAAGCUAUCUGGAGAGCUGGCAGAGGAGUUUCUCAUGACUAUCACUCCAACUGCACUCAACGAGAUCGAAAAACAUUCUUCCAGCUUAUCGACCUUACUCAACAAGGAAGGCGGAAUCGUCGAUGACACGGUCAUCACCCGCAUAGGCAAAGAUUCUUUCUAUUUCGUCACAAAUGCUGGCUGCCGCGAGACUGACCUUCCAUUCAUUGAAUCUGAACUAGCCGACUUCCUAAAGUCGAAAUCUGCGUCCAAGGACAAAGUCAACUGGCACAUCCUAGAGCAUCAUGCGCUAGUCGCCCUACAAGGACCUGAAGCUGCAACUGUUCUUCAAGCCCUCGUAUACAACGACCUGGAAGAUGAAGGUCUUGAUACUGAUCUUAGCACUCUAUACUUCGGUACAAGCCGAUGGUUACAAUUGACCCUCCCAGAAAGUGGAAUGAAUACCCCAUCUCUCCUGAUCAGCCGAACGGGUUACACUGGCGAGGACGGCUUCGAAAUUUCUAUUCCUCCAGAGAACGGAGACUCGACCGAAUUGGCUACCUCCAUCGCAAAGGCACUGACUGUCGAUUCGUCAAAAGUCCGCUGGGCAGGUCUCGGAGCACGAGACUCGCUCCGCCUCGAAGCAGGCAUGUGUCUGUACGGACAUGACCUUAACGACAAAAUCACACCGCCCGAAGCCGCGCUUGGUUGGAUUGUGAGCAAGUCUCGUCGUAGCGAGCAUCCCAAACCUCCAUUCAACGGACAUGUCAAGAUCAACAAACAACUUGCUUCACCGAAAACGAUGCAAGAGCGACGUGUUGGCUUCAUAAUUGAGAAAGGCCCCGCAGCACGUGAAGGAGCCGAAAUCCUCGACCUCGAAAACGACAAUAAAGUCAUUGGCCACAUCACUUCAGGAAGUCCGAGUCCCAAUCUUGGCGGACAGAAUAUCGCGAUGGGCUACAUCAAGAACGGCUUUCACAAGAAAGGCACUAAAGUCGGUGUCAAGGUCAGGAAGAAUGUAAGGAAAGCGGAAGUGGCCAAGAUGCCGUUUGUCGAGAGUCGCUUCUAUCGUCCAGCUUGA